AUAACAGAGUGCUCCACUGCUCCUAAAUUACUGGUAGCAGCCCGCCAUUUCCUUUUUCUUCUGUAACAAAAGGUCGUUAAAACACAAAGAGAUUAUUUGUGUCCAAGACUCCUCCUUGUCCCUGCCGGUUUGUGCUGUCUUGCCAACUCCUAUGGUCACUGUCACGCUAAACAAUGACUAUAGAAGUCGGCAAGGCAGCACAAUAACAGUUUUGGGAACAGGCUAGCUCAUUCACUACCAUUGAAAUCAGGAAAGGCAAAAUGCACAGGACAAAAGUGCACUUAAGGUAUGUUAAGGUUAGCAGGUUGUAUGACUUGGUGGCUGUGCCAGUUAGUGACCACUCUGCAGAGCUGCCUCCAGAACAAGACUCAGGACGAAUAACGCUCUCCUGCCCUUUCUGCAUCUUGUCGAGGCCUCCUGCGUUGCCAGGACAACCAGAAGGGGCUGACCCCGUCCACGUGACAGAGCUCCUCUCUUCUCCUGCCUCCGGGUGUAGUGUGUGUUGUCUGCUGCCACUGUGACAGAUUUGGGGGAAAGAGAAAGUGGUCUGCUCUGGUCUUGCCACCAGACAGUGGAGUUGGUCGUCUGGACCGAGAGAGCAGUCGGGCGUUGAGAGAUGGAGCUCUCUGCGGUCGGAGAACGCGUUUUCGCCGCGGAAGCCAUUCUGAAACGCCGCGUUCGCAAGUCUCGCCUAGAAUACCUAGUGAAAUGGAAAGGAUGGGCACUGAAACACAGUACCUGGGAACCAGAAGAGAAUAUCCUGGAUGACAGACUGAUCGCAGGAUUUGAACAGAAAGAGCGUGAGAGAGAACUCCACGGACCAAAGAAGCGGGGACCCAAACCCAAAAACCUUCCUGCCAAGGCACGUGGAGCCCAGAAGAGGGAGACCUCCACCCCUCGAGCGCCUCGCUCCACUUCUUCCUCUUCUCCUCGAGCCCCUCCAUCCUCCUUCCCCUCCGCCUCUCCAGCGCCCUCCCCUAAACUCAACUCCCUGGCAGCGACACACAAGCUGAAGAAAGACAUUCGCCGCUGCACUAGUAUGUCCCGCCGCCCCUUACCUCGCCCCGACCCCCUGGCCUUCUCCGGCUCCAGUGGGUUCCCCUCGCGGCCCCCCGUCUCCCCCUUCUCAGAGACCGUCCGCAUCCUCAAUCGUCGCGUCAAACCACGCGAGGUCAAACGGGGUCGCAUCAUCCUAAACCUCAAGGUCAUCGACAAACCAGGAAGUGGAGGCGGAGGAAGGGGCGGCGGGGGUAACCGGAGGGCGCCAUCCGGCUCCAUGUCCCUCCAAGGGGGUCGUCAGAACAUCCCCUCCCGAAAUAGGAUCAUAGGGAAGAGGAGUGGAGAGGCUCCGUACCGGCCCUUCCAGCCCAUGCUGGGGUUCCCCAUGUACGGGAAGCCGUUUGGUCUCCAGUGUGGCGGCCCCGGACCUCUACACCUUCCACACUCAGCUACAGGCUCCAGCACAGGGACCUCAGGGGCUAGGGACACCCAGCCACCCCCCUCUCCAUCCAGCUCCAGUGGAUCCACCACACCCGCCCAGAACCAUCCAACCCCUCCCGGACCCGCCACUGGGGCCUCUGCCUCUGGGUCGGCUCCCAACUUGAGCACCCAGGCUUUGGCCUCCUCUGCCCAGUCUACCCCUAGCCACCCCCCAGAGCUCCAGAAGAACCAGAACGCUGAACAAGGACCAAACCCCCUCCUCCCCUCCCUCUCCUUUGCUUCCGGUUCCUCCUCUUCCUCCUUUGAUGAAGAGGAGGAUGAUGCUGAUGCUCUGGACCUUUCCUCACCUCAGGAGGGGAAGAGGAAGCUUCGCCGUCGGCGCCGGCAGAAACGCCAGCCGCCCUCCGUCAGUACCGCUUCCCCUCCUCACCCCCCUGCCGCCAGAGCCUGCCCCUUGACCUCCAACCCUCAGAGGGUCCCCGCCGAGGGCGACCCCGACUGGCACCCGGAGAUGGUGGCGAGCAGCGCCAACGUGGUCGUGACCGACGUCACCACCAACCUCCUCACCGUCACUAUCAAAGAGUUCCCCUCCCCCUCAUCCCGCCCCUCCUCCCCCCAACCAAUACACCCAGAAAAUACCACCUCCUCCUCACCCCAACUGAAGAACCCCCCACAACCCAAGCCACCCAGCCCAUACUUUGGCAGGCCACCCAUGGUCCCCCCUGCUCUCCCAACCCCAUCCAGCCCAACCCAUACUCUGGCAGGCCACCCAUGGUCCCCCUGCUCUCCCAACCCCAUCCAGCCCAGCCCAUACUCUGGCAGGCCACCCAUGGUCCCUCUCUCCUCUCCCAACCCCAUCCAGCCCAACCCAUACUCUGGCAGGCCACCCAUGGUCCCCCCUCCUCUCCCAACCCCAUCCAGCCCAACCCAUACUCUGGCAGGCCACCCAUGGUCCCCCCUCCUCUCCCAACCCCAUCCAGCCCAACCCAUACUCUGGCAGGCCACCCAUGGUCCCCCCUCCUCUCCCAAACCCAUCCAGCCCAACCCAUACUCUGGCAGGCCACCCAUGGUCCCCCCUCCUCUCCCAACCCCAUCCAGCCCAGCCCAUACUCUGGCAGGCCACCCAUGGUCCCCUCUCCUCUCCCAACCCCAGCCAGCCCAGACCAUACUCUGGCAGGCCAUCCAUGGUCCCCCCUCCUCUCCCAACCCCAUCCAGCCCAGACCAUACUCUGGCAGGCCACCCAUGGUCCCCCAUCCUCUCCCAACCCCAUCCAGCCCAUACUCUGGCAGGCCACCCAUGGUCCCCCCUCCUCUCCCAACCCCAGCCAGCCCAGACCAUACUCUGGCAGGCCACCCAUGGUCCCCCCUCCUCUCCCAACCCCAGCCAGCCCAGACCAUACUCUGGCAGGACACCCAUGGUCCCCCGUCCUCUCCCAACCCCAGCCAGCCCAGCCCAUACUCUGGCAGGCCACCCAUGGUCCCCCCUCCUCUCCCAACCCCAGCCAGCCCAGCCCAUACUCUGGCAGGCCACCCAUGGUCCCCCCUCCUCUCCCAACCCCAUCCAGCCCAGCCCAUACUCUGGCAGGCCACCCAUGGUCCCCCCUCCUCUCCCAACCCCAUCCAGCCCAUACUCUGGCAGGCCACCCAUGGUCCCCCCUCCUCUCCCAACCCCAGCCAGCCCAGACCAUACUCUGGCAGGCCACCCAUGGUCCCCUCUCCUCUCCCAACCCCAGCCAGCCCAGACCAUACUCUGGCAGGCCAUCCAUGGUCCCCCCUCCUCUCCCAACCCCAUCCAGCCCAGACCAUACUCUGGCAGGCCACCCAUGGUCCCCCAUCCUCUCCCAACCCCAUCCAGCCCAUACUCUGGCAGGCCACCCAUGGUCCCCCCUCCUCUCCCAACCCCAUCCAGCCCAUACUCUGGCAGGCCACCCAUGGUCCCUCCUCCUCUCCCAACCCCAUCCAGCCCAGCCCAUACUCUGGCAGGCCACCCAUGGUCCCCCCUCCUCUCCCAACCCCAGCCAGCCCAGACCAUACUCUGGCAGGCCAUCCAUGGUCCCCCCUCCUCUCCCAAACCCAUCCAGCCCAGCCCAUACUCUGGCAGGCCACCCAUGGUCCCCCCUCCUCUCCCAACCCCAUCCAGCCCAGACCAUACUCUGGCAGGCCACCCAUGAUCCCCCAUCCUCUCCCAACCCCAUCCAGCCCAUACUCUGGCAGGCCACCCAUGGUCCCCCCUCCUCUCCCAACCCCAUCCAGCCCAUACUCUGGCAGGCCACCCAUGGUCCCUCCUCCUCUCCCAACCCCAUCCAGCCCAGACCAUACUCUGGCAGGCCACCCAUGGUCCCCCCUCCUCUCCCAACCCCAGCCAGCCCAGACCAUACUCUGGCAGGACACCCAUGGUCCCCCGUCCUCUCCCAACCCCAGCCAGCCCAGCCCAUACUCUGGCAGGCCACCCAUGGUCCCCCCUCCUCUCCCAACCCCAGCCAGCCCAGCCCAUACUCUGGCAGGCCACCCAUGGUCCCCCCUCCUCUCCCAACCCCAUCCAGCCCAGCCCAUACUCUGGCAGGCCACCCAUGGUCCCCCCUCCUCUCCCAACCCCAUCCAGCCCAUACUCUGGCAGGCCACCCAUGGUCCCCCCUCCUCUCCCAACCCCAGCCAGCCCAGACCAUACUCUGGCAGGACAUCCAUGGUCCCCCCUCCUCUCCCAACCCCAGCCAGCCCAGACCAUACUCUGGCAGGCCACCCAUGGUCCCCCCUCCUCUCCCAACCCCAUCCAGCCCAACCCAUACUCUGGCAGGCCACCCAUGGUCCCCCCUCCUCUCCCAACCCCAUCCAGCCCAGCCCAUACUCUGGCAGGCCACCCAUGUUUGUAGGUGAAUCUAUCGAUCGCUUUAGCCCAUCUCGCCGCGCUGCCGCUAUGAAGUUCGUUGUAGUCUUGGUCGGUGCUGGUUCCGUGGUUUUCCUCGGCGCGGUCAUCUGCAUCAUCGCCAGUGUUUACCCGCGGAAAGCUGCCGCGCCCCAGGACCUGUCCGACAACGCGACUCUGUCUGCUGAGCCCUUAUUUUCCCUGGACUCGGUGGCUCACGCCGGUCCAUUGGGCGCUCUCCAUGGUGCUGAAUCCUACGAGGGCGGCGGAGGAGGCGGCUUGGGGCUGGGGGGUCCCUCCACUCUCAACGAGCUCAGCCCCGGGGAGGUGACCGGUGGUGGUGGAGGGGCUCCGAAACAGUUCAGUUUCAGCCGGCUCAUCUGCACUCCGAUUCCCGCCGGAGAAUGCAAGGCCAAGAGCAUGAAGCAGCAGGCGGACGACCCUUCACUCUAUGUGGAUGAAGACUGGAGCUACCUCCGGACCACCGCGGACGACCUCCGGCAGACGGUGGUGCAGCAGAACGGCCAGAUACUCAUAGAUCAGCGGACCAUCCGUGAGCUGUCGGGGAAACUAUCGGAGUGCGAGACCGGCCUGGAGGACGGGAGUCCCGGGCACUCCGAGAGGAGCCUGGGGGCCUGGGUGGGCAACCGCCGACUCAUGGCCGGGGAUGAUGUGAGCUCAUCGGCCGCUGUGCAGCUGCAGACCGCUAGAGCCGUGGAGGAGCUAGAGAGGGCCAUUCUCAACCUGAAAGACCGCAUCGAGAAACUGGAGUUGGAGAUCGGCCCUGCUGCCCUGAACCUCUCCGUUGAGACUCCAUCCCCCAGCGCCGGUGUGGGCGUCAGCAGUGGCAUCGCUACUAAAGUUCAAGGGUCACCGUCAUCAGCAUCAACGACAGGAGGCGGUAGUGUCUCCUCGGGGAGCCGAAAGGCCCCUGGGGGCCCUGGCCGAGGAGGCGGAGGCCCCUGGAAGGACCUGGAAGGAGAGCUGGAGAGGAAGAUUGAGAUGCUGGAGAAAGAGCGGAAGGCGCUGAGGAAGGAGACACAGACACAUCACAAACAGAUAGACCAAGGGAUUGAUACUCUACACCACCGCAUUGCAGAGCUGGAACAGAGUCUGACAGAGUACAACUAUCCAGACGGCUAUGUCCUCUCCUUCCCCGUGAGGACCAGAUACAUGUACGGCCUGGUGCGGAGAGAAAUGCCUGAGAUGUAUGCCUUCACCGCCUGCGUCUGGCUCAAGGUGAAAGAGGGGGGUAUUGGCACCCCCUUCUCCUACUCCGUCCCGGGACAACCCAACGAGCUGGUGCUGCUGCAGGGGAUACACAACCCUGUAGAGCUUCUUAUCAACGACAAGGUGGCUCAGCUGCCCCUAUCCCUUGCCCAGGGUGUGUGGGAGCACAUAUGUUUGAGCUGGACCCUCAGAGACGGGGUAUGGAAGGCCUACCAGGGGGGGAAGCUGAAGGGGCGCGGAGAGGGGCUGGCCGCAUGGCACCCCAUCAAGCCAGGAGGAGUGCUCAUUCUGGGGCAGGAGCAGGUGGGUGAGAGGGAUGUAGGUCUGGAGGGGUGGAGAGUUAGAGGGAUGGAGGUCUGGUGGAGAGUUGGAGGUCUGGAGGGGUGGAGAGUUAGAGGGAUGGCGUGA